AUCCGUACAUCUCUACCGCACCUCGCACGCGAUAGAGUAAAGGGGAUCCGAAAUGGCCAGCGGACUGACCAUCUCCCUCGUCCAGAACUCGACCUGAAGUGCCGUUGGAUACCUUUCCGCCCAUCUCCGCUUCGUAGUUCAUACUCCAUCUACCCAGCAUGAGCCACAAUCAUGCCUCCAUGGGCUCCAUGUCCAUGGGCGGCGGCGGUCUGCCUCCGCGCUUCGAGUUCCCCAAGAUGUACUGGGCCGUUGUAGGAACUGCCAUCGGGAUUGCGACUUUGGUCAACAUCUUCAAUCAUGUCCUCUACAGGCAGAGGAUGGCAGCGGCAAGGUCAGGAGCAUCAAAGCCAGCAAAACCAAAAUCACUCUUCUUCCUGGGCAUGGCAACGACCUACGCCAUAGUCCGCGAGGCUUCCAACUUCUCCAUCCGCAUCCCCAUCGGUAGCCGCAUCUUCCGUCUCCCCACCCUCGGCCGGUCCAGCUUGGUAUUAGCCAACGUCGUCGUAUUGGUCGUGCUCUGUCUUUACGGGUUUGACACCGGUGACCGCUGGUCAAGAGAAGACAUUGGCUUCCGCUGCGGUGUCGUCACCAUCGGUCAGCUUCCCUUGAUUUUCUUGCUCGCGGGAAAGAACAAUAUCCUCGGGUAUCUCACGGGUGUCAGCCAUGAGCGCCUCAACUGGAUCCACAGGUGGUGCGCACGCUGUAUGCUUCUUACUGCGACCCUGCACAUGGGCUACUUCUUCUCCGAUUGGGCUCCCUAUGACUACAUUGGUCCCCAGAUAAAGGAGGACCCCAUCGUCUGGAAGGGACUAGCAGCCUGGGUGGUCCUGGUAUGGAUCGUUUUCAGUUCGAUGUCCCCAAUCCGUGGAUGGUGCUAUGAACUGUUCAUCGUCCAGCAUCUGGUCUCGUUUGCCCUCCUCAUUGGGUUCAUCUACAUCCACACUCCGGCCGAGGUCCAUGCAUAUAUCUGGAUCCCUGUUGGAUUGUUCUGGUUCGAUCGCUUUGUGCGCGCUCUAAGGGCACUGUAUGCCAAUCUCUCCAUCUUCCAUCCUAAGCAGAAGAGCGCCGGCCAGAUGUCGGGAAUUUGGGCAUGCAAAGCCGAGUUUACUCCUUUGCCUCACAACACGACAAAAGUGGUGAUACAGAACCCUCCAAUCAAGUGGAAGCCGGGACAGCAUGUCUUCCUCUCGUGCCAUUCCAUUGUCCCCCUUCAGAGCCACCCUUUUACGAUUUCCUCGAUCCCGAAAGACGGACGUAUGGAGUUUUUGAUCAAGGCCGAAGGAGGAGGAACAAGACAUUUCUUUAGACACGCGGAAAGGGCCGAGAGCCUUCCUCAGACCACAGGAAGUGCGUGCAUCAGGACUGUAGCGAUAGAAGGCCCAUAUGGAUGUCUACGGCCGCUCCGACAGUUCGACAGCGUCAUCCUCCUGGCAGGCAGUACAGGUGGUACUUUUACAGUCCCGCUACUUCGCGAUGUCGUCCAAGGAUGGAGCGAAAAUAUGCACCCUACUGACAAGACAACUUCUCUAUUCUCACCCAUGACAGGAGCGGUAACUCGCCAUAUCCGCUUCGUCUGGGUCGUCAAGAGUAGAGGCCAGCUAAUUUGGCUCUCCGAUCAACUCUCAGCAGUCUAUUCAGACUACGAGUCUCUGCAAGAGAAACUUCGACACAUUAAGCUAGAGAUGACCGUCUACGUCACGUGUGACGAGUCUUUCACCGAAGAACACAAGUCACUGUUAGCAAAUGUCACGGCACCCAAUCACAAUGCAUCGACAAAGAAUCCACAAGAACAGAGUCGAUAUACGAUCGAGUACCGCAGUCGCCCUCCCUCUCUGGACGACGAGGCCAGCAGCAAGAAAUACGCCGAGCCCAAAGAAGAAAUCCGACAACUCGCCACUGCCUCCCUUUCAUCAUCGAGAGAGGCAGUAAGCAACUACGCCAACACCUGCGGCCCCAACGGAACCUGCUGCUGCAAAACGACCAUCGACGACGAGCCCGCAGACGCAAUAACAUCAUGUUGCUGCAAUCUUUCAUCUUCCAAUCGAGGCGCCGACGUCUCGCAACCCCCAUCUGCUCCGACCGGCCGUCUGAGCACUCAAACAUCCUCCUCCUCCACCUGCUCCUCUUCGAAUGCAAACAACCCCACCCCCAGAACCCUCAAACCUCUCAUCCACCCUUCCAUAACCGUCCUCUCCGGCCGUCCUUCGCCCCGGAACAUCAUCCGCCGCUCCCUCGAGCAAGCCCACGGCGAAUCCGCAGUCGUGGUCUGCGGCCCCCAAGGCCUGGUCGCCGAUGUCAAGAGGGAUGUCGUCGCUCUGAGCGAUGAGCGGGCGGUGCACAAGGGGACGGGGGCGCAGGGCGUGUAUUUGCACACUGAGAGUUUUGGGUAUUAGAUUUGACGAGACAGACAUGUGCUUUGUGCUUUGUGCGGUGUUGGGGCUGGACAUUGGAAUUGCAGUGUUAGCGGUUUCUGGGAGAAGGAGG